AUGGUUAGUUUGACCUUCAAGAAUUUCAAAAAAGAAAAGGUUCCCUUGGACUUAGAACCUUCAAACACAAUUUUCGAGGCCAAGACGAAACUGGCCCAAUCUACCUCAUGCGAAGAAUCUCAAAUAAAACUGAUCUAUUCAGGUAAAGUGCUACAAGAUUCCAAAACUGUCUCAGAAUGCGGGCUAAAAGAUGGCGACCAAGUCGUUUUCAUGAUUUCUCAAAAAAAAUCUACAAAGACUAAAGUAACGGAACCUCCAGCUGCUCCUGAGACCGCCACCACGGUUCCUGCCGGAGAACCCUCUACAGAACAGGCGACCGCCAGUGCGGACGCUCCCACUGCUCCCGCUGCUGAAGAAUUGCAGCCACAGGAAGAACCAAGCUCUAAUACAGAACAGGCGGAAUCUGUUUCCACACCGGGAUUUGUAGUAGGAACCCAAAGAAACGAGACCAUAGAAAGAAUCAUGGAAAUGGGCUACCCCAGAGAAGAAGUCGAACGUGCUUUGAGAGCUGCCUUCAAUAACCCAGAUAGGGCAGUGGAGUACCUACUCAUGGGUAUUCCGGAGAAUUUACGUCCACCAGAACCACAGCAACAAGCCGUGGCCCCCACGGAACAACCUCCGACAACCGCCACCACUGCGGAACAACCCGCUGAAGAUGACCUAUUUGCACAAGCUGCCCAGGGCGGUAACACUUCAUCUGGUGCACUUGGUUCAGCAGGAGGUGCCGCAGAUGCCGCGCAAGGUGGACCUCCAGGUUCCAUUGGCUUGACCGUUGAAGAUUUGCUAUCGUUAAGACAAGUCGUUUCAGGUAACCCAGAAGCCCUCGCUCCACUAUUGGAGAACAUAAGCGCUAGGUAUCCUCAAUUACGUGAACAUAUCAUGGCAAACCCAGAAGUGUUUGUUUCAAUGUUAUUAGAAGCCGUCGGUGACAACAUGCAAGACGUCAUGGAAGGCGCAGACGACAUGGUGGAAGGAGAGGAUAUAGAAGUUGCAGGAGAGGGUGCCGCUGCGGGACCUGAACAAGCCGAAGGCGAAGGCUCUUUCCAAGUGGACUACACUCCUGAAGACGAUCAAGCCAUUUCGCGCCUCUGCGAACUGGGAUUUGAAAGAGAUCUUGUCAUCCAAGUGUAUUUCGCAUGUGACAAAAAUGAAGAAGCUGCAGCCAAUAUCCUAUUCAGCGAUCAUGCCGAUUGA